AUGGCUGUUGAAAAAACAGGGAAUGUUGUUUUUGGUGACUAUUCAUCUUCAUUUGACGAUCUUCAUUGGUAUGUUGAUGCCGCUAAUGAUUGUUUAUAUCCGUUAUGUUUUGCCAUUGUUGAUAGUGAACGUUAUGACAAUUGGCAUUGGUUCUUGUCAAAGUCAUUUGUUAUUUUGACUCCGAGAAGGGAUAUUGCGUUUGUUACUGAUCAGCAUGGAGGUUUGCUGAAAGCUUUAGUUGAAGUCUUUCCGUUUUCUUCUCAUUCUUUUUGUCAAAUGCAUUUGAAGACAAACUUGAAGACUUAUUUGUCAGUGAAGAGUCGCGAAUCUAAAGAGUUUUUGCUCACUCUUUUUAGUAGAUGUUCAUAUGCUCCUACUAUUGAGUUGUUUAAUGAGCUAUUUGAAAAUUUUAAGGGACGUUGUGGUCAUAGUGUUCAGAAGUUUCUUGAGGAUUUGCCUAAUGAGUGUUGGUGUAAUGCUUAUUUUCAAGGCAAGAGGUAUGGUGAAAUGUGCACAAAUGCUGCGGAAUCUUUUAAUUCAUGGAUUAGGGAUAAGCACCAUUUGUUUUCAACUAAUCUUGUUGAUGCUAUACGGGUGAAACUAAUAAAGCAGUUUUCAAAAAGGAGAGAAGUUGGAAAUAAGUGGAAUCAUAUUGUUUGUCCUUUUGCAGAGAAAAAGUUAGAAAAAUCUUUUAAUAAUACAAAGGCAUGGAUAAUUAAGAAAUGUAGCGAUGAUAUUCAUGAAAUCCAAUUGGAUCAUUCAGUUAUGGUUGAUAUUGGGAAACAGUCUUGUUCUUGUCAAUUGUUGGAAAUUGAUUCUUAUCCUUGCAAACAUGGUUUUUGUGCUAUAAAGAGGAGUGAGAAGGAUUUGAAUUGUUUUCUUAAUGAUUACUACCAUGUUCGUAGUUAUUGUGAUUCUUAUUCGCAUUCUAUCUAUCAAGUUCCUAGUAUGUGGAAGCCAAAUAUAGUUCUUGAUGAUGACAUUGUUUUACCCCCUCUUUGUAAGAGACCAGCUGGACGUCCAAGAACAGAAAGAAUACCUUUGAAGGGUGAGAUCAAGAGAAUUAGGUGUGAAAAGAUGGGAACUUAUAAUCGGAAGACAUGUAAAGAAGCUUUGCUUUAG